AUGGGUACUGGGAGCCAGGUACCGGGGGAAUCGGGAAGCAGGUACUGGGAGCUUGGAGAAUACAGACCCAGAGACCCAGACCCAGAGACCCAGACCCAGAGACCCAGAAACAGAGACCCAGAGACCCAGCGACCCAGACCCAGAGACGCAGACCCAGAGACCCAGAGACCCAGAGACCAAGACCCAGAGACCCAGACCCAGAGACCCAGAGACCUAGUGACCCAGAGAUCCAGAGACCCAGCGACCCAGACCCAGAGACCCAGAUCCAGAGACCCAGAGACCCAGAGACCAAGACCCAGAGACCCAGACCCAGAGACCCAGAGACCUAGUGACCCAGAGACCCAGAGACCCAGCGACCCAGACCCAGAGACCCAGAGACCCAGCGACCCAGACCCAGAGACCCAGAGACCAAGACCCAGAGACCCAGACCCAGAGACCCAGAGACCCAGCGACCCAGACCCAGAGACCAAGACCCAGAGACCCAGAGACCCAGCGACCCAGAGACCCAGAGACCCAGAGACCCAGCAACCCAGAGACCAAGACCCAGAGACCCAGAGACCCAGCGACCCAGACCCAGAGACCCAGAGACCCAGAGACCCAGAGACCAAGACCCAGAGACUCAGCAACCCAGAGACCCAGACCCAGAGACCCAGCAACCCAGAGACCAAGACCCAGAGACCCAGAGACCCAUGGUCUGGCCUGCUGCUUUACUCUGGUCGGCACUAA